AUGCCCAAGUCAUUUUUAGUUAAAAGUAGUGUCAAAAAGUUGUUGGGUCCAACUCACGCUAACUCUGCCUGGAACACUAACAAAGAAAUCGACAAAGAGAUAGAACCAGUGACGAGAGAAGAGGACAUGGACUAUUCUACAGACGAUGAGACUAAGCAAAGAAAUUCCGAAAACAGAAGCGCUUUCCGAUUUGUUAAUCCAAACGCAAACGCCAACGUUGCAAUAAAACACCAUACGAUGUUUUCACCCAAACCUUGCAAUUUGAAUAUGAAACAAGAAAGCGAUAGGAUUUCCACAAUCGGAGGAGAUUAUGCAGCCUAUCGGCCUUGGCUCGACAAGAACACAUUAUCAGGAACCCUCUAUGUGCCAGGCAAAUACCCAUCGACUGUCUCUUGCCGAUUUUCCUCGCUUGCUAAUAUUUCAAACACCAGCGAUUCGGUUGCAAAUGAUGAUAUUGUUCCUACUUCCCUUCCACCAACGCCACCACCAGCUCUUGACACUACUUUUAUGGCACUGGCAGAUUCAACAUCAACAACAUUCGAAUGCGCCAGUUGUCGUAAAUUGUUUGCUACGCCACAUGGGCUUGAAGUCCACGUAAGACGUGCACAUAGUGGUUCGCGGCCAUACGCCUGCGACGUUUGCCAAAAGACAUUUGGUCAUGCCGUCAGUUUGCAUCAUCACCGUUCAGUACACACACAAGAACGCACGUUCGAAUGUCAACAAUGUGGCAAAUCAUUCAAGCGGUCAUCUACUCUAUCUACGCAUUUGCUUAUACACAGUGAUACUCGACCCUAUCCGUGCCCCUACUGCGGAAAAAGGUUCCAUCAAAAAUCAGAUAUGAAAAAGCAUACUUACAUACAUACGGGUGAAAAACCUCAUCGAUGUCUACAGUGUGGAAAAGCUUUUAGCCAGUCAUCCAACUUGAUCACCCACAGCCGAAAGCACACAGGCUUUAAACCUUUCGCUUGUGACCAGUGUGGCAGAGCCUUUCAGCGUAAGGUUGACCUGCGAAGACACACUGAGACUCAGCAUAUUAGUUCAGACCCAAACAAACGCUCAUUGUUACGCGUUGUUGCAAUAUCCUAG